UGGAAAACCUGGGUCCAGUCCAGUCGGCCACAGCAACGUGGAAAGUUAUAUGGUACGUAGAUUGGAGCCAGCUGACCGAGGAGGCGGGACAAUUUUUACGAGCGCAGAGGCAGGCCAGCUGGAAAUGCACAGUAACAUUAAGAAAGAAGGACGAAUGUACGGAGCAAAUAAAUCGGGCCACUGAGGAAGUUCUGCAAACAAGGGAAAAAGUGCAAGAAGCCUACAGAGCAGUAGUGGGCCAAGGAAUAAAUAGUCACACCACAGAUGUGCAAAUAAUUCAAGGGCAAUUAACAGACACAAACAAAUAUUUAACGGAACAUAUAACGAUCUCAACGUUUGGGGAUCACGAAGAAGAAAUACAGAAAAUGAAAAAAUUCGAAGAAGAAGCAGGGAAAAUAAAGGAAGAAGGAUUAACAAUAGUCGCAGACUGGAUAACAGGAAUGGAUAAAGUAUCAAACAUGUAUUUAUUGCAGGUGGCAAUUGCAUCAUUAGAAAGCUCUUUGCUAAAAUAUAGUGCAAAAGAAUAUUAUUUAAGAGCCGCAUUAUGUCAUUUAUGCGUUGAUGUCCUUAAUGCUCAGCAUGCAAUCGAACGCUACCAAGAACAAUGUCCCUCUUUUCAAGAUGCUAGAGAAUGUAAAUUCAUUAAGAUGUUGAUCGAACAGUUAGAAGAACAAAACCUAGAUAGUUUUACUGAAGCAGUGAAGGAGUUUGACACCGUAUCAAGAUUAGAUCAAUGGUUUACUACCAUGUUACUGCGUAUCAAAAAACAAAUCAAUGAUAAUCCUGAUUUACGCUAAUUUAUAUUUUAAGGAAAAAUCUUGAUAUUAAUAAUAACUAUAACUACCAUUACUACAUAUUUUAUUGUAAAAUGUAUAGUGUAUGUAGUGGUGAAAUAUGGUGUGCUAUAAUUGUCCUAUUUGAUUUAGAUAAUGGCAUAUGAAAUAAUCCUAUUAUCUACAUAUUUAUUACACUAUAAAUAGGUAUAUACUUACUGAUUCUCACAAUUACUAAAGUUCGACACCUAUUUAUUAUUAAAAAAAGUUAAAUUUACAGUGCAAAUUGUAAAUGUAUUGUAAACAAUUUAAAUCAUCCAGUAAAAAUCUUAUCGUUUUAUGUACUUAA